CUAGGGAACCAACUGUUGUCGCCCCGCCCCCCGGGGCUUUUUGUCCCGUUAACUGUCGGAGUGGCGGGGGCGUCCGAGCUGGGCGACAUGCCGGUGCGCUUCAAGGGGCUGAGUGAAUACCAGAGAAACUUUCUGUGGAAAAAUUCCUAUCUGUCAGAAGCAUACAAUCCUUCAGUAGGACAAAAGUACCCAUGGGCUGGACUUAGAUCAGAUCAGUUAGGAAUCACAAAAGAGCCAAGUUUUAUUUCAAAAAGAAGAGUGCCUUACCACGAUCCACAGAUUUCAAAAUCUCUUGAGUGGAAGGGAUCUAGCUCAGAGAGCAAUGGGGUCGUGUCACCUGAAUAUGCAGCCUCGGUAUCACAAGCUGCAGAACAAAAAGAAGAUGCUAACCAAGAAAAGGUUCUCCUGGCCCCGCACGGUGCCAGAGUUCCCAAGAGAACCAGAGCCCCUUCUGUGGACUCCAGAGCCGAAGGGGCUGCAAAGCUUGUGGAACACAGGGAGGAUGGGAUAGCAUGCUACGCACCAGUUAAUGAAAACGUGGACGUGAAGCCCUCUACCGAGCUUCUUCCCGAAAAAGUGGAUGAUGGGUUGGAUAGGCUUCUCCGCAAGAAAGUUGGGUUGGCUUCUGCUCCUUCACAUCCCACCUUGAGAAACUCUGAAUAUCAAAGGCAGUUUGUGUGGAAGACUCCUAAAGAGACUGUACCAGUUUUUGCGGCCAAUCAGGUUUUCAACAAUAAAAGCAAAUGUGUCCCACAAUUCAAAGGUAACUCAAUCAUCCAUGAAACCGAGUACAAAAGGAAUUUCAAGGGCUUAUCUCCAACGAAAGAGCCAAAGUUCAGACAUGAUUUGAAAGAGCACCGAAAUCUUGAAACCGUAUCCCCUGAAAAGAAGUGUAAUAAAAAGGACGAUCCUUUAAAAUCAGAAGCAGAGAUGGAAUCCAAAGACUCAAACCAGUCCCCAAAGAAGCUUACUCCGUGGCGGCAUCAGAGACUUGGGAAGGUGAAUUCUGAAUACAGAGCCAAAUUUCUGAGCCCUGCUCAGUAUUUAUACAAAGCUGGGGCUUGGACGCGUGUGAAGGAAAAUAUGCCAACUCAGGGCUGUCUAAAUGCCAUGUGGUAUGCGGAGGUUAAAGAACUCCGAGAGAAGGCUGAGUUUUAUAGGAAACGAGUCCUGGGAACACAUUUUUCUCGGGACCAUCUGAAUCAGAUUCUGUCUGAUACCAAUUGCUGUUGGGAUGUUUCUUCAACCACGAGCUCAGAAGGAACCAUUAGCAGCAACAUCCGAGCUCUAGAUCUUGCUGGAGAUCCGACAAGCCACAAGACUUUGCAGAAAUGUCCUUCAACUAAACUAGAAGAAAAACACCCGGUCUUGGAUGAACAGCCCCCACAGUACACCGCGGAGACACUGGGCAUGCCAGACGCUCCCACAGCGCCCGUUAGAAGACGGCUAGCUUGGGAUGCAGAUAAUGCCAGUGAAGAGAUGCAAAGACAACCAAAAGGGAGGGAGGAGGAGGAGGAGGAGGAGGGAAGUGAAAGGAUCAAGCAGGUUCACGUGGAAGAGUUAGAGAAGUUUGGGGGAAAGGAACGCUCUAAGGCUGAGAAGAUCAAAGAAGGGUCGGACUCUUCUUCUGUAUCGUCGGGGAAAGGAGGCCGGCUUCCAACACCAAAGCUGAGAGAACUCGGAGCCCAGAGAACUCAUCACGACCUUACCACCCCAGCUGUUGGUGGUGCUGUUUUAGUGUCCCCACCCAAAGGGAAGCAUCUAGCGCCAGACCAGAGGACGAAGACGGCCCCUCAGGAUGGCUUCGACACUUUAAGGAAUAACAAGAAAGAAAGUCGUGCCACAGGCUUACUGACUUCUCCAGCUGCUGGUUUAAGAACCCUUGAUCCCCUUCCUUUGAGGGAAGAGUCUGAAGCCAACGUCACCACAUGUGCGCAUGCCACGCGGCCAGCUCCAACAGCUGCAGAGUCUCCAGCAAACACCCCCUGGCAGGGCCCGUCUCCGCCAUGCGCUCCAUCCUGCCGUCAUUCUCGCCGCCGCCAGGGCUCGCUAAGAGAUCCAGAAUUUCAGCAUAUUGUGGGGAAAGCACGGAUGAACAAUUUCCAGCUGCCACAACGUGACACCUUUAAUGAUGAAGAUGACAGAUUGUCUGAGAUUUCUGCUCUCUCUGCAGCUUCUAGUCUCCGUGCUUUCCAAACGCUGGCACGAGCUCAGGAAAGGAAGGAGAACUUCUGGGGCAAAACAUAAUUAAAGACAUGGCAUUGGUAUAAUUGGUCAUUAUUGCUUGCUGUAUUACUAUUUUUCAAGUGUUUGGGUAUUUUCUAACAUUCCCUCCUUAUCAAGAAUGAUUUUAUUUUUCAAUAGUCAACAAUUUACUUGGAAAAUUCUUACACAGAUUAUGCAAUUUAACUUCUAAAGAAUUCUUUUUACAUCUAUCCCAAAGUUCCAAGAAGAGAGGGUUACACUAUUCUUCACAUUUUCUAACUUGUUUAUUAGGUCUUUGGGAUAGUUAUUAGAAUUGGGAAUAUUCUACUUAUCUAGGGAAAAAAAGCUAAAAGGAUGAACAGUGAAAUAAAAAUUAAGAUCUAAAUUUGAAGUAUAUAUUCUGUUAUGAUUGGUUAUGUGUUUCUUCAUAAAUUUAAACAUUAUAAAAACGAGUUUGUUGUUCUUUUAUAGCUAAAGGAUCUAUAGUUUUAAUACCUUCUCUGUGUGAUUGUAGUAUUAUUUAAGAUAAUUGUACUGUAGAUUGAAAAUAUUAGCUGUAUAUAUUUUUAUUUAUGUAAUAAAGUUUGCUGAGAGAAUAUGUAUAUUUUUGAUCCAUGUGUGUAUUCUAUUUGUACAAGAACUUUGGCUUACAUUUGAAUAAUGUCUGAAUUUGAAAAAUUAUUUGUACAAUGGAAUUAAA